AAAAAAAAUAGUCUCCUUCUCUCAUUUAUGAUGACUGUUAGAGUAGAUGACAUGUGAGCUUACGCAAUUUUAUUCAUUACAAAAAAAAAUCUUUCGCAGUCUUUUGACCAAAGAGUGAAUUGCAUCAUCUAUAUUUAACAAUGUUUAUCAGAUCCAUCUCGCCUAAUCUCAAUAAAAAAAUUCAGUAUAAAUACGAUCCCUAUUGCACAAUAUUCAUUCAUCACAUAAAUCGCCAUGGCUACUUCACUUCCCCAAUCAGCACCGCUUCAUGAUAGAGUGGCAAUCGUCACCGGCUCCUCCCGCGGGAUCGGGAAAGACAUCGCACUUCACCUAGCUUCACUCGGCGCCAAACUCGUCAUCAACUACACCUCCAACUCAGACCUUGCCGACUCAGUCGCCGCACAUAUCAACGCAAACCAAGCCACUCCACGAGCCAUAACCGUCCGCGCCGACGUGUCAGAUCCGGACGGCGUUAAGUAUCUCUUCGACUCCGCUGAGGAAGCCUUCAACUCGCCUGUUCACAUUCUCGUCAACUCAGCCGGCAUCACCGACGGAAAGUUACCAAGCAUAGCAAACACAACAGACGAAUCCUUCGAUCGUAUCAUGAACGUGAACGCAAAAGGAGCAUUUCUCUGUGCGAGAGAAGCGGCGAACAGGCUAAAACGCGGCGGUGGAGGGAGAAUCAUUCUUCUGACGACGUCAUUAGCAGCAGCUUUUAAGCCAGGUUACGGUGCGUACACGGCAUCAAAGGCGGCGGUGGAAGCGAUGAUCAAGAUUCUGGCGAAGGAGCUGAAGGGGACGGGGAUUACCGCAAAUUGCGUGGCGCCGGGACCUGUUGCGACGGAAUUGUUCUUGGAAGGGAAGACGGAGGAGACGGUGAAGAUGAUUGCGGAAGGUAAUCCUUUUGGUAGAAUUGGUGAGACCAAAGAUAUUUCACCUGUUGUUGGAUUUUUAGCCACAGAUUCUGCUGAAUGGAUCAAUGGUCAAAUUAUUCGUGUCAAUGGUGGCUAUGUUUAAGUUUUUUUUGUUGGGAUGGAAAGGUUUUGUUGAAUCUUAUGAAUAACCGACUACAGUCUUAAAACUAUAUUGUAUUUUUAGAGGUCAUGGUGAAACUAGAUAAUCAAGAAUGCAAUUCGAUUUUUUUUCAA